AUGCUGUGCCCUCCCGGCGUCCUGUAUCUCAGCUCUUCAUUCUCCUCUUCAGAUACACCCAAGAUGGUGGAGCCCCUGCGACAGAGUGCGAUACGCACUAUUGAGGAUGCAGUUCGAAAUCUACCCUCCAUGCUUGCCGAUCAGAUGAUGCGUGUUUUGAACGACCCGAAAUUUGCGCAAUACCUAGCUGGUCACAUCAACUGUGCCGUUGCGCCAAGUCUCUCCACGGCCUAUCGUGAGGAACUGCGCGGUGUCCUUGUUCCCGCCUUCAAUAACGGCAUUCAACUGCUCCUCAAGGACCUAGAUGUCAUCCUCAAGACUGGCCUCCAACAAUAUCUACAACUUGUGCACGCCAGGAUACAUGACGGAACCAUGGCUUCCAAGGAGAAGAUAGACAUGAUGACCAAGUCUUUGGAGGAUACUAUUAACCGUAUCUCCACGGAAUUGUCUACUCUUAUCUCAAGGAAGCUGAAGGAGUGCACGUCAAUUGCUACAGUGGCCACCGGCUCAACCGCACCUGUCCUGAUGGAUCAGCCCAGCUCAACUCGUCCAGAUACCAGCCGGCAGCGUAAACAGAGUCACAGUCACCUCGCAAAACCUACGUCAAUGACUAAUUUGACGGCUGCCAAUAAUCCGACCCCAAGUCAGGCACCGGCUCCCCGCCAGAAACAGUCGCCGCCCCUGAGUUCCGACGUUAACGACGCCUAUGUGAGCGCCAUGGUUGCCAUCCGAGCCGGUCAACUCACCAAGGCUCUGGAAUUGGUGAGUAUCCUUCUUAGCGCGCGACCUUUUUGGGUAUUUUAG